AUGGCUUCUCGUCUAUUGUCUAAAGUCUUACGAGGCUCUUUUAGUCGUGGCUUAACAAGACAACUUGUGCGACCUUAUGCUUCAGAAGCAAGCCUAAAUCAGCCUAUAACGCGCAGUUCUCUCUUGCCGAAUGGGCUAACCGUAGCGACUGAAACGAACCCAUAUGCUCAAACUGCAACUGUUGGCAUCUGGAUUGAUGCCGGUAGCCGAGCGGAAAAUCCAAAAAAUAAUGGUGCCGCACAUUUCCUUGAACACAUGGCCUUCAAGGGAACUAAAUCUAGAUCACAACAUCAACUCGAAUUAUUUAUUGAAAAUAUUGGGGCACAUCUAAAUGCAUAUACUUCACGAGAACAAACAGUAUAUUACGCUAGAACUUUUAAAAAUGACGCUAAUACCGCAGUCGAAAUCUUAUCUGAUAUUCUUCAGAAUUCCACUUUGGACGAAAAAGCUAUUGAUCGUGAACGUGAUGUUAUUCUAAGAGAACAAGAAGAGGUUGAUAAAUUGCUUGAAGAAGUUGUGUUUGAUCAUUUGCAUGCUACGGCUUUUCAAGGACACUCAUUGGGUCGUACUAUACUUGGUCCUAAAGAAAAUAUUCUCUCAUUAAAAAGAACCGAUCUGCUCGAGUAUAUAGCAAAAAAUUAUACAUCAGAUCGAAUGGUAUUAGUUGGAACUGGAGGCGUGGAUCAUGAUGAACUUGUCAAAUUGGCAGAAAAACAUUUUUCAUCUCUUCCGACUUCACCAGAUCCAACGUCUCUUGGAGCACCGCGAGGCGAGAAACCACCAUUUACUGGUUCUGAAGUACGUGUGAGAAAUGAUGAAUUACCUCAAGCCCAUAUUGCAAUUGCCGUGGAAGGUGUUGGAUGGACAUCACCUGACUAUUACCCAUUGUUAGUUGCUCAAUCGAUUAUUGGCUCAUGGGAUAGAUCUUUAGGAUCAGCGCCACAUUUAUCAUCACGUCUCUCACAUAUAGUUCAUAAAAAUCAAUUAGCAAAUUCAUUUCAAGCAUUUAACACGAGUUAUAGUGAUACCGGAUUAUUUGGAAUUUAUCUCAUAUCAGAAAAUAAAGAACAAUUAGAUGAUUUAGUUCAUUUUACAUGCAAAGAAUUUUGGAGAUUGCAUACUUCCGUGACAGAAGCUGAAGUUGAACGUGCCAAACAACAAUUGAAAGCUUCGCUUUUAUUAAGUUUAGAUGGAACGACCGCGGUAGCCGAAGAUAUUGGUCGUCAACUGAUCACUACUGGUAAAAGAAACACUCCAAAGACAAUAGAAGAAAUUAUAUCGAAAAUUACUGUCGACGAUGUAAGAAGUGUGGCUGGUAAAUAUUUAUGGGACCAAGAUGUGGCGGUUGUUGGCGUAGGACCAGCCGACCAAGAAUAA